AAAAACAAUUAAAAAAUAACAAAGCGCGCGCGUCCGCGGACUCAUUCGGCCAUGAAAAAAUUGGGCGUGACUUUGUGACUUUAGUUGUGCUACACUUCCUCUCUCUUUCGGUUUUUCUUGAAAAGAAAGAGAAGGGUUGAACAUGUGGGGUCACGUCAGUCACGUAGAAGUUUAUUUAUAAAGUUUGUUAGUCUACAAGAUUGCUUCCAACGACGAUAACGUCGUUUCUUUCGAAGUAUGCUCGAAUUUAGAAAAAAAAACAACUACGAAAGUGACCAAGGUUUUUUUAUUUCUGACAGUUACGAAUCUAUUGUGUGUUUAUUAUUAGAUUAGUUAUAUUUAACAUCGUUUAGAUUAUUUGAGUGCUCCAAAUAUUAAACUCCAGUGAGUGAAAAUAAAAAUAAAAAACAAACACAUUUAAGGUUAUAAUGUCGUGAGUGAAGUGAAAAUGUUAGAAGAUAACAUUCAAGUGAAGUGGUGACGGAAUAUUUGAAAAAGUGAUGUUUACGAGCUGUUUUUCUGAAGGGCAGUUGUAUUUUAUUAUUAUGAGACGAAGACGGAUAUGCAAAUUUAUAGCAAGCCGGAAAGGCCUCCUCUUCGUGCUGGCCACCCUGCCAGUUUUGUACUUGUCCUGGCAGCUCAGCUGUGCGGUGGGCCAAGCGCUGAUCCCGCCGCCACCGCCAGACCAGAUUCUUCACCAUUUGCGGGCUAAUAGGAGUUUGAUUCAUUAUUUGGACAACAUAAACCUCCUCAUAGAACCAUCAGCAGUCUGCCAGAAGAAGGUCCCAGUCCUCGUUCUAGUGACCAGCACACCCUCCCACUAUCGUCAUCGUGACGUCAUCAGAAACACCUGGGGGAAGCACCAGGAGACGUACUUCUUCGUCGGACUUACCCAGGAUGAUGAUCGAUUGGCAGACGCCUACAUCGAAGCGAAACAGCACAGCGACCUGAUAGUGCACGAACUCCAAGACCACUACCAGAACCUGACGCUGAAGGUGGCGCUGAUGCUGCAGUGGGCACUGCACCGUUGUCCGCGGGCAGAGUUCGUGUUUAAGACUGACGAUGAUGUGCUGCUCAACCCGAGGACUUUGGACACAGUGCUGGAGGAUAAUAAGGGUGCCGCGUUGUUUGGGUACAAGAAAGAGAACAACGUACCGCACAGAGAUGAGUAUAUCAAGUGGUAUCUGCCUCGGUGGCUGUACAAUGAAGACCUGAUCCCAGAAUAUCUAUCCGGGACCGGAUAUAUCAUUAAUGGUAAAAACCUAAAAGAAAUCUUCACCGCAGCCCACCACAUCCCUCUCAUCAAUAUGGAAGACGUUUACUUCACGUACCUCGUCGCCAAGAGAGCCCUAGGGCACCCCCUCACCCACGACCGACGACUGAGUCCAUACAAGCCUUGGAUAUCCACUUGUCCAUACAAAAACUACGCUUCCGUACAUAGUCUUAGUCCCGAAGAGAUGGAGAUUAUAUGGCCGAAGAUUCAAAGUUUAGGGGAAAGUAAAUUUUGUAGUUAUUUCACUAGUGAGUUAUUAUUGUAUUAGUAAACUUUUUAAGCCCUAGGGCUCUUCUCAUCCACGACCGAAGACUGCCCAUACAAGCUUUGGAUAUUCACUUGUCCAUACAAAGACUAUGCUUCCAUACAUAGCCCUAGUCCAGAAGAGAUGGAGUGUUUAUUUGACUGAAGAUUCAGAGUUUAGGGGGGAGAGUAAGUCUUGUAGUUAUUUUACUAGUGAAUUGUUGUUGUAUUAGUGUUAUCGAAGGUUUACGUGUGUUUGUUAUUAUUUAUUGCGUUAUUGACACAAUGAAAGACUAGGUUUUUAGGUUUUCCUUUUUUUAAAUUUGCAAUAAAACAUUUUUAUUAUAUAGAAUAUAUUAUGCUGAACCGAUCGACAUCAAAAUCAAAGUGAUUUGUUAAGAUUGAGUUAGUGGAAACCGUUUUCACCCGAAAUGGAAAUUGUAUGAAAAAAGUGCCUAUUGUCAGUAGCUAUUCUUCCCACUUAAUAUAAAAAUAAGAAGUGUAAAGUGCCUAUUGUAAUGUAAAAACUAGAUUUCUAGUUAUUAAGUUUUUUUGUACUGGUAUAUUAAGAUCGUUAUCUGAUCGUUACGUGUACAAUCGUCAUCAGAUAUAUCGGAGCGGCCGACGCUCAUAAAUAUCUAAACACGUCUCUAUUGUCAAGGCUUUAGAGUGCGUGUU